AUGUGGGGUCUCCACAUAGUGUAUCUUCCGACAGUGGCAGCUCGAUGCAUCAACUGCAAAGCAAAAAGACGCAAAUGCGACGAAGCAAAACCCGCCUGCGGCCGCUGCAGCAGCAGGAGCGAAAAAUGUGAAUGGGCCUCUCGCCUCACCUUCCGGGCUGAAAACGCUCUAGGCGUCGAACCAUCAUCGCUGCAUCGACCGCCGGGACGACCACCCGCGCGUUUUAGGAUCAAAGACGUAACCGCAGAGGUUAUACGCGACUACCAGCACUAUGACCCAGGAGACGACCUCGAUGUGUCGGAUCAGUCUGAUGGUCAGCAAGCAACUGCUCCCAACGACGUGUCGCCGUCUACGGUGCACGACCAGGGUACACCGUAUCAGGAACAUUUCAACUGGCAGCACAAUCCGACUUUCCCGGCUGCAGAGCCUAAUCUUACUAGUCUCCGGUCUACUGAUUAUGUUCCUUUGCCCACUCCAGGAGAUCUCGAGUCCAUCUGGCACAGUCCUGUCGCCACUACGUAUCUAGACGAUAGCGUAUUCCUGCCAGGCUCAGCAUAUCUCGAUGCGCAUUCUACUUUUCGAAGCCACCUUAUUCAAGAAGUAAGAUCCAAUGUGCCGACUCGACAAGCCACGCCUGAUCCCACACGCAUCGAGCACGUAUGGGGAGUGGAUGCGGACUACAACCCAGACACCGAGAGCCACAUCACAGAGAUCGCCACUACUCGCAUCAAUGCAGUGGAAGAAGAACAAACUCCCGCGAACCCCUCAUCAGCCCCCCAGUUAUCUCCAGAAGAAGAAUUCGCACUUUGGAAAAAUUGGUUCGAUGAAGUCGCACCUUGGAUCGAUAAAUUCGAUCCUGAACGCCAUUUCAGACAUACACUUCCCGUUAUAGCGCGGUCUCACGACCACUUGCGAUACUCCAUACUUGCGCUAUCAGCACGACAGAUGGAGCGGAAGAACAAUAGUAAACACACGGAGAGGAGUUUAUCUCUGUACCAAACAGCCAUCCAACUCGUGUUGCCACAGCUACACACGCGCAGCACGCCUGUAAUAGCAUCAUGUGUUGUGCUCUGUGUACUGGAGAUGCUGAGCUCGUCGGCAAAAGCCUGGCACCAACAUCUCGAUGGGUGUGCACAUCUGUUGGAAGCUGUGGGCAUCAAUGGCUUCUCAGGCGGUGUCAAUCAAGCGCUCUUUUGGUGCUUCGCAAGGAUGGAUGUUUGUGGUGGGCUUAUCGCAUCUUCCAAAACGCUUAUACCGGUGGAGCACUGGGCUGACGGUAUGGAUCUUGAUGGUGAUGUGGAGCGCUUCCGAGCGGACGGCGGAUACAAUGUCCACGCGUGCGAAGCGGUGUAUCUUGUUGCGCAGAUACUCGAUUUACUGUCUUUCCAUUCAAAUCUAGCUGGGAGGGUUGGCGCCACACCGCCCACAUGCGCAGACGCCGAUGAAGCAUACACAGCGCGAUGGACUCGACUCUGGUCUCACGUCUCUGCAUGGUACGCCGCCCGCCCCGCCGAAAUGCUGCCCAUAUCUUGCUUCUCGACCUCCCCAUCUUCUUUUCCGAAGAUCCUGUAUAGCAACCCGGCCGCCAUGUCGGGUAACCAACUCCAUCAUACGGCGUGUAUCUUGCUGCUCCGACACAAGCCUUCAGGCGUUACCGUCACACCCAAGCCCAACUCCAUCUUCUGGCACGCGCGCCAAAUCUGCGGGAUAUCGAUUAGCAACGAUGAUCAUGCUGCGUGGACGAAUGCGAUACAGCCGUUGUGGAUUGCGGGCCAGUGGAUGAGUCAUGAGAGUGAGCAGAAGGCGAUUUUGCAGCUGCUGGAGAAGAUUGAGAAGCAAUCAGGGUGGAGUACGAAGUGGAGGGCUGAGGAUCUGAAGGAGUUUUGGGGAUGA